GCUAUAGGGACUUCCAAGUUACCUUCAUUGUACGCUCUAACACGUAGACGUGCCACAGAGCAGUGGCGUCUACCGACACAAACAUACAUACCUAGAUGAACACAAUACGAAAAGCCUUUAAAAAAAGGGAUCGGUUUCGUGAGUACCGCAAAACUUUUUUUUUCUCUUUUCUUUAAUUGCGCUGUGCGGGACUUUCUCAUUCCAGUAAGAUCUGUUCCUUCUUCCUCAGGAGCGCGAAGUAACAACGACGGCAAAAAUACUAGUAAGGGUGAACAAUGCAACCCAAGCUCGACGGCUCGACUCCGUCUCCGCACGCCGACAUAGCGGCCGCGUCCCAAGAGCCACAGCAGGACGUCGACAUCGACCCGCCCUCGGCGACAUCGACGCACCCCACAUCUCCCCAUGAAAUCCCACACGCGACACCCUCCGCAGCCGUCGCCGCGCCUGAGGUGGACGAUUUGGAACACCAAUCAAAGGAGUUUCUCCUGCAGCGCGUGCGAGCGCUGGAGCGCCAACUUACGAUUCGCAACAGCGACUGCGCGCGUCUGCUGGCGGAUCGGCAGCAACUGCUGCAGGCGCGGGAGAAGUGUGCAUCGCAGAGGGAGACGAUACUCGCCCUGCAGGGGCAGCUCGAUCUGGCGCGUGCCCAACGAGAGUCCGCCGUGGACGCGAUGGAGACGAUGAAGCGGCGUCAGCGCGAUCAGGAGCACCGCGACCGCAUCGGCAACGCCGAGCGAGCCAUGUACGGCCGCCCACAAAGCGUUGCCGGUGCCCCUCCUCCCCCUUCGAAUCCUCCUUUCUCUUCCCCACCUGCCACCAGCAGCAGCGGCGGCAGUGGCAGCACCGGCGCAAAACCAUCGGUGGCGACGCCCAACAUCGGCCGCCGCAACCCCGGCGGCACGGUGGUGAACACCGCGGCGGGUCCACAGCUUUUGUAUGACAGCUCAGACAUUUCCUCCGUGGGCUUCACCAAGAAUGCGCGGCUGCCCUACGACUUUCUCGGGGGUCCGGGGGCCCAGCAGCAGUACCUCGCCCGGUACAGUGGUGAGGGGGAUGUGCCAGACGGAGGUCACAACGAGUCGGAGGACGCGCAGGUGCGCCGCGUGAUUAAUGCCGCGAAGGAUCAGGCUGACUUGGAGGCGAAAUAUGCGGAGAUGGAGGACAAGGAGGAGGAGGCGUUGAUGGCACGUAUCAAGGCGCUGCGGGAGGGACGCAAAUAG